AUGUGUGAAACUACUCCGGAAGAAAUUUUACAAGGUAACUCUCACGGGCUAGUAGAUUAUGAGCCGAAACUUGGACUUGAGUUUGAUAGUGAUGAGAAUCCACUUAAUUUUUACAAUGAGUAUGCAAGAAGGGUUGGUUUUAGUGUUCGCAGAGAGUACCUCAAUACAAAUAAGAAAUUAGGUUAUGUGACGUCACGGAAGAUUACAUGUUACGAGGGUUUUCGUAGGAAUGAUAAACAAAAAGAACAAGUUAAAAAAUCCCGAAGAGAAACUCGAACAGGGUGUCAAGCUCAUAUUAUUGUUACCCGUCAGUCAACGGGAAAGUACCGUAUUACUAAAGUUGAGUUGGAACAUAAUCAUUCUCUUGUUCCACCGACAAUGGUCCAUAUGUUGCCAUCUCACAGAAAGAUAAACGAAGUUCAGGCUCAUGAAAUAGAUUUAGCAGAGGAUGCUGUAUUAUUUUCUAAAGCGACAUUUGAUUUUAUGAGUCUUCAAGCUGGCGGCAGAGUAAAUUUGGGUUACACCAAGUUAGAUCAGAAGAACUACCUCGGAACAAAACGACAAAAAGCUAUGAGACAAGGGGAAGCAGGAGUGCUAUUAGAAUGCUUUGAGAAGAAGAGAAUUGACGACCCAUCUUUCUUUUCUGCGGCAGAUUCAAAAAUGAUAAUAGACUAUGAGAUUUUUGGAGAUGUGCUCUCAUUUGAUACCACUUACCAGACGAAUAGAGAGCACCGACCCUUGGCUAGUUUCGUUGGAUUGAACAAUCAUAGGAAAAUGGUUGUUUUCGUAGGUGCUUUAAUGUAUGAUGAGACUUCAGAGUCAUUUCAGUGGUUGUUUGAGACAUUUUUCAAAGCAAUGUCCGGAAAAAAACCGAUAACAAUUUUUACAGAUCAAGAUGCUGCUAUAAGUAAGGCUAUCUCACUCGUGAUGCCUGAAGUUCAUCACAGUUUACGAUGCAUUUAUGUGUAUCUGGAUGAGGACGAAUUUAUAAAUGCUUGGAAUAGCAUUCUUGAUGAAUAUAACCUUCAUGAAAAUGAAUGGUUGCAAGGAAUAUAUGCAUUAAGAGAAAAAUUAUUUGCGGCAUACGAAAAGAAAUUUUUUUCAGGUGGUAUGAAUAGCACACAAUUGAGUGAAAGUUUGAAUGGUGAUUUGAAGGAUUACUUGCAGUCUGAUUACAACAUCGUGCAAUUUUUUAAGCAUUACGAUCGAGCAAUUGAGGAUAAGAGAUAUAAUGAGUUGCAAGAUACUUGUGAUGCAUCACAACGAUUUCCGGUAUUAAAAGCACAAGUCCCUAUUUUGGCUCAUGCUAGAGAGGUCAGCAAGCAUGGACAUGCUCGAGAGUAUUUUGUGAAGGUGACAGAGAUAGGCCAUAUAUCUUGUACUUGCUUGAAGUUUGAGUCCAUGGGUAUACUGUGUUGUCAUAUAAUAAGAAUUCUCGAUAUGGUAAGAGGAGUUAGUAGAAGUCCAACUGAGUACAUUUUAAAAAGGUGGACAAUAGAUGCAAAAGCCGAAGAUAUUAAAGAAGUUGAUGGGCAAUACAUAGAGAUCAAGGAUCCGAAGUUGAUCACUAUGAAUCGUUAUAGAGUUCUUUGUCCUAUAUUUGUUAGAUUGGAGGCAAAUGUUUCUGAAACAGAUGAUGGCUAUAAGGAAGCAAUAGCGUGUGCUAAUGAGCUAAGUUCAAAAUUGAAAGAAAUCAUGAAGGUGACAGCUCCAUCUCUUUGUACUAGCAGCUCAGGAAAAGAUUUAUUAGAAGCAAAUAAUAGUAAAGAUAUCCUCACACAAGCCAAAGGCUUAAAAAAGAAAGAUGGGACGCGACGUAAAAAAGGGCCAAAGGAUUCGGUAUCAACGGGAACCAUUUUCGAGAAUUCUGAUUUAAGUGCUUCUCAAAAUAUGACGUGUGCUAGCUUAUCCCAUAAUUCAGUGUUUUCUCUUUCGAUGGAAUAUCCCAGCUUUACUCAAAUGCUUACGGAACCUCUUUGCUUUAAUGUUGAUGCACAUUCACAAAGGUCUUAUUCAGUUCCUCCUGAUCAGGCAAACCUUUUUGAGAGUCGAGGAUCGCAAAAGUUUCAAGAUAACAAUACAUUAUGA